AUGACCUGUCAUCAGUCUGGAAUCAGAUCGCGCACCAAAGGGGGGGCACGGUCUCGGAAAGGAUGUCCCGAGUGUCGAAGUCGGAAGAUCAAGUGCGAUGAACAGACGCCGCAAUGUGGGCAGUGCCUUAAAACUGGUCGCGUCUGUCGGAUUGUUGAUAGCUUGUUCAAACCGCAUUCCUAUACCUUUCUAGCGCAGACGUCGCCGGAACCGAAAUCGCGGGAUGCUCGUGCUGUUCGUGCUGAAGACAAGGAUGUUGACGAAGGGUUGACCCGGAAGACUAAUCCGCUGAAUGGUGAUCACCAAAUUAAUAUAAAAUACGCUGUGGCACCGAAGGCCGUGGACAGCAAACCGAGUGAGGCGCGCACACAUCCACUAUAUCAGGAUGACCGUGCCCUAACUGCAGAAACGAUGACCAUCCCGCCUCUACCUAAGCGUGUCCAGACGGAGAGAGUGUCACUAGCGAGCAUGAGCAAGCGUCCUGAGGAUGCGACAACCCAGGCUGGAGAGACUUACCACGACCGCUGCGAAACCGCUUUCUUUCUUCGCCACUUUUGCGAAGGUCCUGGACAAUGGAUGGAUCUUUGUACUGAUCAGUCUUACUUUAGCCAGAACGUCGUCGCAAUAUCUGACAAGAGCCCACUAGUACGCUACGCGGCCUGCGCCUUGGCUGCAAAGCAACUUGGUCAAACUAGGCACCCGGAAUCACACAUCCGACAGACCAAUGUCCAAAGGUCGAUGAUGAAAGCGCUGAUUGACUCGAAACUUGGAUUUACCUGGUACGGGGCCAAAUAUUAUGAGAAGGCAAUCCAGCUACUGGCACAACAGCUUUCUAGCAGGGACAGGGGGACGUACUCGAGAUUGCCAGGUCAUGUAUACGGCGUGGGGACAACCAACGGCCAGCCCGCAUGCGGAAACGAUGAAGAGAUGUAUGCGGAAACAAUAUCGCUGACAGUUGACCUAGUCGUUACGCAACGUAAGACUCGAGUAGAUCCCGACGACAUUGUCCUUUGGUGCAAAAUGGGCCUUCCGGUUGAUGCAUACGGCAACCUUCUGCCCGAAACUCGACAUGACGGUCUAUUUGAAACCAUUCUUUUCAAGGCUCUGAUAAGGUUAAUGUGCCGCCUGGUCAAUUUAGAUUUUGGCAAUGCCACAAAGUGGACUUUGAUCAGUGAGGAAUAUGAUCGUUGGCAGGGUGCUGUGCCGUCAUCGUUCUACAUUCCUAUUACCUGGACUCCUAAUGGGCCUAACCCUGGAGAUAGUAUAGACCCUUGCUCGAGGGGGAAUAUAUCGAGGGAGACAUGGUUCGCGAAUGACAUUUGUGCUAUGACUGUGGCUUUCUAUCAUAUGUCGCGGAUCAUUCUUCUUGCCAACCGCCCAAACAGUAUAGCCGUUCGGCCACAUGGUAUCGAGAAUGGAUUAAUAGCGACAUGUAAUGCGCUUCAACAGGAGCUAAGAAAGCAUGCACUAGAGAUCAUGGCCAUAGUGCAAGCAAUGCCGAGCGAAAGAGUUCAAAAGUACAUGCUACAACCGCUUUAUGUCGCCGGUCGCCACUUAACAGAUCCUCAAGAACGAAGUGACAUACUUCAGAUGCUACGAAACAUGGGAGACGAUUUUGGGCUUUUCACCGACUACCGUAUCCGGGACCUUUGCGAUGAAUGGGGAAUGGAGUGCAACGGUAUCGACCGGAGAGAUGGCUAUGGAAUUUUGACCUGA